CAUUUCAACAUGUUCAAACUGUCUGCUGCCAUUUGCUUUGUGCUCGCCUGCAGCCUCGUUGAGGCGAAGCCUGCUGUCCUGGUCAAUGCUGCUCCAGCGGGUGUGGUGACUGCAACCAGCUCCCAGUAUGUGGCACGCAACUUCAAUGGCAUCGCUGCCGCUCCAAUUGUUGCUGCCGCCUACACUGCUCCAGUUGCAACUGCCGCAUACACUGCACCCGUUGCUGCCGCAUACACUGCACCCGUUGCUGCCGCAUAUACUGCACCCGUUGCUGCCGCAUACACUGCUCCAGUGGCUGCCGCCUACGCCUCCCCCGUUGCUGCUGCUUACACAGCGAACGUUGCCUAUCCCUAUACCGCUGCCUACGCCACAUACGUUUAAAUGACUCAUCUCAUUCACACGGCUGGACUCGUUUUUUUUAAAUAAAAAAAUUGCUCAAAGGAAAUAA